UACAAGCCAAGCACGUUGAGCUAUUUGAACUGUCCGUGUUGCGUCCUGCCCGGCCGCCUCAGUUAGUUACCCUGCUGUGUGUGUUUGGGAUCCACCCUGGAGGAACAGAGCAGACGUGACUGGAGGAAGAACACGGAUUUACCACACGGACUGUCCGCUCCUGUAACGGUGCUGGAACUGGAAAAGACAUGGGAGCCGUCCUGGGAGCCUUUUCCCUCGCAAGCUGGGUGCCGUGCCUGUGCAGCGGUGCAACCUGUCUGAUGUGCAGCUGCUGCCCGAGCACCAGGAACUCCACGGUGACCAGGGUCAUCUACGCCUCCAUCUUGCUGCUAUGGACCAUCGUUGCCUGCAUCAUGCUGUCGCCGGGUGUGGAUGAGCAGCUUAAAAGGAUCCCAGGCUUCUGUGAAGACGGGGCUGGCUCUUCUAUCCCCGGCCUGCAGGCUGACGUCAACUGUCAAAUGUUCGUGGGCUACAAGGCAGUGUACCGCAUCUGCUUUGGCAUGAGUGUGUGGUUCCUGGGGUUUGCCGUUCUUAUGAUUAACACCAAGAACAGCAGAGAUCCCCGAGCCGCCAUCCACAACGGAUUUUGGUUCUUUAAGUUUGCUGCCUUGAUGGCCAUUACAGUCGGUGCAUUUUACAUUCCAGAUGGGCCUUUUACCUAUACGUGGUUUGUCGUGGGCUCCGGUGGAGCUUUCUGUUUCAUUCUGAUCCAGCUGGUGCUGCUGGUGGACUUCGCCCACUCCUGGAACGAGUCCUGGGUGGACAAGAUGGAGACAGGCUACUCCAGGUGCUGGUAUGCAGCUUUGCUGGGGGUCACGAUCCUCAACUACAUCCUGUCAUUUACUGCUGUCGUGCUGUUCUUCGUCUUCUACACCAAGCCUGAUGGAUGCUUCAUCAACAAGUUCUUCAUCAGCUUCAACAUGUUGUUCUGCGUCCUGGUCUCUGUUGUCUCUGUGCUGCAUAAAGUUCAGGAGUCUCAGACACGUUCAGGUCUUCUACAGUCCUCCAUUAUAACCCUGUACACCAUGUAUCUGACCUGGUCUGCCAUGACCAAUGAGCCUGACCGAGCAUGUAACCCCAGCCUACUGAGCAUCUUUCAGCAGAUUGCAGCCCCCACACCUGCCCCCCUGGAGAUGGAGAACCAGACAGCCGUGGUGAUCAUCGGCAUAGACGAACCGGUUCUGACAUCCCCCUACCUGCAGUGGUGGGAUGCCCAGAGCAUCGUGGGGUUAGCAAUAUUCGUCCUGUGCAUCCUCUACUCAAGCAUCCGUUCGUCCAGCACCAGCCAGGUGAACAAGCUGACCAUGGCCUCCAAAGACUCGACCAUCCUGGCUGAGGGCGGCAGCAGCCCCGACCUCUCAGAGGAGUCAACAGGACCCAGGCGGGUGGAGGACAAUGAGCGUGACUUGGUCCAGUACAGCUACUCCUUCUUCCACUUCAUGCUCUUCCUGGCCUCACUUUACAUUAUGAUGACCCUCACCAACUGGUACAGCCCCGAUGCAGACUACACCAUAACCAGCAAGUGGCCAGCAGUGUGGGUGAAGAUCACAUCCAGCUGGGUGUGCUUGGCCCUGUACACGUGGACCCUGGUGGCCCCGCUGAUCCUCACCAACCGAGACUUCAGCUGAUCAGCGACUCCACCCUGGCCUCCACAAAGCAGAAACUCUGACCAUACUGCCUACAUCUUAUUCUCAAAAUGAACUCGCAUUUUAUACAUUUGACUGGAGUUUAGUUUAAUUAUUUCAGUUGAACAAUUGGGUCAGGUUUAGAGGUGCCCUAACAGCUGCUUCAGGUACAGGUAAUUACUGUAGUGAAAACAUCCCAUUCGUUUGUUUACAUUUGUAAUGUGAACUGAAUAAUAUUGUGAAUUUUCAAUCAAAUACAAUGUCAAAAAAAUGUAUGUGCUCUCAACAAUCUAAAUUUAACAAAAAAUAUUCGUCAGAUUUAAUAAAAUCCAAAUAUUUUCAUUCUGCUUAGAAAUAUGAAUGUAUUAAAGUAAUAACAAUGGUUUGUAAACCGCACACAGUAGUAAGCCCAUAUAGUUUACUGCUAUGCCUUCCAAUGCCUUAUAGCCUGUAACAUUUUUCAGAUAUGUGAAUAUAUUAGGAGUAAUAUGAAGUACAUGAUUGUAGUAGUAAACUGUUGUUGGUAAACAUGGCACAUUCCUACAAUAUGACUCAAAGUCAAGAUUCUGAAAAAUAUCUAUGGACCAAGAUAUUUAAUGUAAAGGUGUCUAUCAGAUGUGAUAGUUUCAGGUUUUAAUAUAAAUCUGCACAGUGACAGACAUGCACUGGACAGACAGAUACAAUCAGAAAAAAAUCUUUAAAGCUGAUAUGAGUGAUGAUGUAAUUAUUCUCUGUGCAUCAUUGUAUGACUCUAAAUAGUACGCAAUAGCUUUUAUGUUUAUUAUGAUUUUACUUGCAAAGAGUGUCAUAUUUUUUUUAAUCUAAGAAUUACAUUUUGUAAGAAAUGUCAGGGAAUGCUAUUUGAAUGGUUAAAUAUGUUUGAGAAUAUGAAUCAAACCAGACUUGUAUGAUACAAACGCUGACCAAAUGCCUUGUAAGCCAAAGUGAUUUACUGUAGUCAGUAUGUAAUUCAUGGUCAUUUCUGUUUGCUUUGACUCCGUUUUCACAACCGAGAUUCUCUGUGCAAAGCUCAACAAUAUUAAAUGAUCUAGUCCAACGUGCAUGUUGUUUUUUAGAGUAUCAUUGUAUAGGUCCAACAUUAAAUGUCAUCAUUGUUUCAUGUUAACAAAUCAUUAUCAUAUGGAUCCUUCAAACAAUAAUUAUCAUCAACACAGAGAAUGCAGUGUUUCCACA